GUCUGGGAAAAUCAAUACAUCUCCAUGGACCAGAUCUGGAAUUUUCAUUCGGGACACAAGGCUGCAAGAUGCCAGUGCGACUCAAGUUCAUUUUUCUUUGCAGAAAAUGUCGACAAGAUGAAUUGGCCGUAAAUAUGUGACAUUUCGUUUAGUAAAAAUGGCAAGUUUUGUUGGGUUCUUGUACUGCUUUUGUUGCUACUUCACAAUUUUAGCAGGCUAUUUCUGUUUAUAUUGUCCUUUAUUGCCAGUUCUAUUUAUUUCCAAUAAACUUUAUAGAUGUAUUACUGACAUCAUCUUUACAUUCUGGCAAUAUUACGCUACUGCUUUACUUGGGUUUCUUAUAAGAUGCAAAAUCGAAGUAACAGGAGAUGCUAUCAAUGCAGAUGAAACUGCUAUUUUAGUAAUGAAUCACAGGACUAGAACUGACUGGAAUUUUUUAUGGCCAGCACUUUAUCACGCAAUCGAAGGAAAGAACAAAUAUAAAUAUUCGACAAAAUUCAUGCUGAAAGAUAUGAUCAGGCAUGUACCAGGACCUGGGUGGGUUAUGCAACUUACAUUAUCGAUGUUCAUCAAGAGAUGUUGGAUUUUUGACAGAAAAAUUUUAGAAGAAUUCUGUGGAUAUUUAUCAGCUCUAUCGUAUAAAUGCAGCAUUCUCAUUUUCCCAGAGGGUACUGACUUUACUGAAAAGACAAAAAAGAAGAGUGAUGAGUAUGCAAAGAAGAAUAAUUUACAGCUAUUCAAAUAUGUCUUGCAUCCGAGAACAACAGGAUUUGCUUUUUUAAGCAAUAAAUUACUAGAAGAAAAAUGUUUGGGAGCUGUCUAUGAUAUAACAAUUUUUUAUAUGGAUUGUGUACCUCAAAAUGAGAAUAUACUACUACGUGGUAAUUUUCCAAGACAGAUUAAAGUUCAUCUAGACAGAUAUCCAGCGGAUGACUUACCUCAAUCAGAAGAUGGCCUAAAAAAAUUCCUGGAAGAUCUCUGGUCCAAAAAAGAAAGACUGCUUGAAAACUAUCACAACAACCCGAAUUUCAAAAAUGGUAAAAUACUAAAAUGCAAAAAUGUUACUUCACUGCGUAUCGCCUUUGUAUUCUGGAAUUUACUUCUGAUUAUUUCAGCUCUAUCAUUCGUUUAUGUUCACCUUUUCAGAGUAGUUUGUUUGCUGCAUUCCUUCUUUCUGAUUUCAAUCAAUUGCUUUUUUCCUAGUGGAUUUCAGUUUUUCGAAAUAAAAAUUUAUGAAUUGAGGAGAAAUAUAUGGAGAUCUAAUUUUUGGUGAUAGGAGUUGAUUGAAAAUUAAUGCAACUGUAGAUGAAGUGUGUUAUAAUUAUUCAAAAGUCAUAUCAUUGUAUAUAAGCUAUAUAGCUUCUGAAAUAAGGUGAAUUCAUGUGCCAAUGAAUGUAGAAAAAUGAUGAGUAGCUUCUUCAAAUACAGUAAGAAAUGAAUAUGCAUUUCUUGUUGUUUCUAAGAACUGAAUUUGAUUUGAAAAAUAUUGUGUGAAUAUAUUUUUCAAGAGUUGAAAAGUAAAAAUUAUAUUAUAACUAUAAUGUAAUAUGUAUAAGAAAAAUUAAAUUUGAAUAAAUAGGUAUUUAAGCACUCGAUGAAAUCCAAACGUAAAUGUACUUUUCUGUGAAAUAUAUAUUAUUGUAUUGUA